GACGUAAAUGCCCUUGGCUAUUUCGUUAACUCGAUCCAACAAUUAAGUAUAAUGACGUAAAUGCCCUUGUCACCGCCUUUCCCUUGAUAUUAUUAAAAAUAUCGAAAUUAGGGUUCAUGAUUAACAGAGGAGAGCUCUGAUUCUGAAUCUAUGGAGGCUGCGAAAGAGAGAGUCGGCUUGCUUGACAAGAUCCUUCCUCCGGCGUUGGCAGACGCCGGCCUCGAAGAUUGUGCUCUGCCGCCUGAUUCUAUUCAUGAAGCGUUUCGCAAAGCCGCAGACGCCGUGAAAUCGCGCGCGGCGUCGCUUUUCGAGUGCGACGAGGAAGAAGGCGGUUGCGUAGCCGAUCCGCGUCCGGGAACGGAGACGAAGCCCGUUCUCGGAGGUUCUGAUAGGAUCGUCGUAGGCGGGGAUAAUGGAGGGGAUGCUGGGCCGUGUCUAGUCGGAAAGGGCAAUGAGAAGUUGGAAGAUGCGGUGGUGGUGGCGGGGGAAGGAGGAGAAGGGAAGAGCUGCGGUGAUGGUUUGAGAGAUCUAGACGUUGAAGGUAUUGAGAGCAGUGGGGAGAAGGAUCAGAGUGAAGAAGACGAGGAAGAGGAGAGGAAGCCCAUUUUGGUUGAAGGAUUUGUCUGAAGAGUAGUCUUCACGGUGUUCCACGAGUUGUGUAUAUAAAUAAAGUAUUAGACUUUAGCAGCUUUGCCUCUAAAAGUCUGAGCUUUUGUAUCCCAUGUUAAACUUGGAUGAAAUACGAUCUCUUUUUACCUACUUUUCCUGCUUCUAUCCCAUGAACUAUUGAUUCGUUUUGCUA